ACGAUGGUCUUCGACUUCUUUCAUGCAAGCAAAGUCAGCAUUAUGCAGCUAACAAACACCAAGCAGUAUUGAGCACUAGAGCAGCAUGCAUAAGAAAAGAAUCAGCAUAAGCAAAUUCCACCUCAGGACAAAGAAAUGAACUAGAUCACAAAUAUAGCCGUAAUUUCGGCGCUGGUAUGUCCACUGUUACUGUAACACUGCGGUUUAAAAAUAGCUACAUAGGCUCGUAAAUAGUUAAAAGUAGUAGCCCUACAGAUCCAGAUAUUAACAGGAACGCGUUUGUUGAAUACUUUCGUUUCAAUUCAGUACUUUCGAUUUCAACUAUUUUAGUUUGAGAGGACUGCUCUUGGGACUGCUCAGAUUUUCGGGUAAGGUUAGUAGGGAAUUUAAGGGGGAGAAACAAAGAGAAACGUGCAUGACAUAAAUAUCAGUUUCACCAUUAUCCCAUAUCUCCAUCUUUGUACAAAUAAACUAAAGUUCAAUGCUAGUCUACCAACAAGGACACAGCGAAAAAGCUCAGAAGAAUCCACUAAGCGUUUGCUGAAAACACGUCCCUCGACUACCUCUCUAUGUGGUCCCUCCUUCCUUGGCUCUUCGUCACAAGCGCAGGGGCUGCCGGGAGCGGAAGACAUGUUUUGUGAUCAUAAUGGAGCCACACAAACGAACAGCAUCUGUACCCCGGCCAAGGCAGUGGGGCUGACAGGUGAGUAAUGCGUUUUGGUUCACCCAGAGAAGAUGGAAUCCACCCACAGCCGACUGCUGUUGGCCCUGGUGAUGGUCCUGCUCUUUGGCGUUAUCGUACUACAAUACGUCUGCCCAGGUACAGACUGCCAACUGCUUCGCCUGAGUUCAUUGUCCUCCAAAUUGGGCGACAGUGCGUCCCGCGGCGGAGGGGACCGUAACUAUGGAGACAGUGGGGACCCAUAUGUUGCAGAAGACAGAACCUUGGUCCGAUUUGUACCGCGCUUUAACUUCACUACGGGCGACCUAAACAGGUCCGUAGAUUUCAAAAUUAAGGGCGACGACGUAAUUGUCUUUCUGCACAUUCAAAAAACCGGAGGCACUACGUUUGGUCGCCACCUGGUGCGUAACAUUCAGCUGGAGAGGCCGUGCGAGUGCCACGCCGGCCAAAAGAAGUGUACCUGUUACCGACCGGGGAAGCGUGAGACCUGGCUCUUCUCGCGCUUCUCGACUGGCUGGAGCUGCGGACUGCAUGCGGACUGGACCGAGCUGACCAGCUGCGUCCCGUCGCUCAUGGACACACGAGAGCCCCCAAAGAUUCAGAACGCAGCCAGGAGGAACUACUACUACAUCACCAUCCUGCGGGACCCGGUGUGGCGCUACCUGAGCGAGUGGCGGCACGUGCAGCGCGGGGCCACCUGGAAGGCGUCUCUGCACGUGUGCGACGGGCACGCCCCCACGCUGGCCGAGCUGCCCAGCUGUUACCCGGGCGACGACUGGUCCGGCUGCACCCUGGAGGACUUCAUGGACUGCCCCUACAACCUGGCCAACAACCGGCAGACGCGCAUGCUGGCCGACCUCAGCCUGGUGGGCUGCUACAACCUGACGGCCAUGAGCGAGCCGGAGCGCGGCGCCGCCCUGCUGGAGAGCGCCAAGCGCAACCUGCGGGGCAUGGCCUUCUUCGGCCUGACCGAGUACCAGCGCAAGACGCAGUACCUGUUCGAGCGCACCUUCCGGCUGGCCUUCAUCGCGCCCUUCACGCAGCUGAACGGCACGCGGGCCAGCGCCGCCGGGGCGGAGGCGGGGCCCGAGACGCAGCGGCGCAUCCGGCGGCUCAACCGCUGGGACGUGGAGCUGUACGAGUACGCCCGCGACCUCUUCCUGCAGCGCUUCCAGUGGGCGCGGCAGGAGGAGCGCAGGGAGGCCCGCCUGCGCCGGCAGCGGGAGAGGCGCAGGAUGAGGGGGCGGGGCCCGCCCUGGAAGCGGGGCAGGGAGUGGCCGCAGCGGGCGGCGGCGGGGUACCAGGCCACCUUCGCGCCCGGAGAUUGGGGGCAGGAGGAGGAGGAGAGCAGGGACAGGGUUCGGGGACAGGUGCCCGCUCCAGGGUCGUGGUGGGACCCCGAGGAGAACAGUACCAUGGCUGACUAUUUGGACAAUGUGGAGCACUGGUGAUGAGGGGAAGGGCAUUGUGGGAAAUAUGGGACAGGCUGACUGAAUGUUUUGAAGCGACUGAUAAUGAGAAUCAUGAGCUGGUUUGAUUGACUUCUGCCCACUGAGAAGAUUGACCGAACGUCACUCCCAUCAUGCAGUGCUCCUUUCCGCUUGGACUUGCAAUUGGCCAGUUUUUGAUCUGUAUUUAUUACUGUUGGUAAAGACUCAUUCGCCACAGGUGGUUCAUAGGGCUUCAGGACUUUUAAGUGAUUUCCUUCAACCUUGAAAAUGAACAUACCCGUAUAUUUUCAGUAAUGCCAGGGAUUUAUUUACAAACGUUAUUUCUAUGUAUAUGGGCUUCAUUUCCGUCCAUCUGAUAGAGACCAUGACCAGACUGUUGUUUGUUCAUAAAUCACUGGGAGCAUUGAAAUCGUCUGCAGGUACAUUCUUUCCCUACACCUGCACCUUUUUUAAAAUCCUACACCUGUGUGUACUACUGGACGUGUGCGUUUUUAUCUUCUCCUGAACUUUAGAGCUGGCCCCCUUUACCCCCACCCUGUACUUCCCAAUGAGACCCCUCCCCCCAGCCUCUCCAGAACACUGGGCUGGACUAGCAGCUGGUCCUGUAUUUAUUCUGUUUCCUGUUAAUGUUUUAUGGAAGGGUUUUUCAGUGGCUGCUCGUCUCAUUUGAUACUGAAUUACCCCGGUUCCUGUCAAUGGUUGCUAUUAAUGUUGAAAUUUAAACGUAGGUACGAAUAUCUUUGUCUUCAUUGUUUUAACACAGCGCGGGGCUGUCAACAGACCAACAUAGCCUUCGACAAGUGUGUCUAUGAACCUCAGAUCUGAGCGCUGUGGAAAUGUAGCUCUCCGCGCUGAUAGGAGAUGUUUGUUUUCCACUGGUCUGGACCAGGAGAACUGUGUCCUUGGAUAAAAGAAAACCAGUUAAAAGAA